UCAGUUAAGAUGUUUUGCUAGAGCUGUAAAUGAGGCUGGGGAACCAGGAAGGGAAGUUGGUAGCCCUGUAGUCACUGUAGUGCUGAAGAAGGAAUGUGUUCUCCAAGGUCACAGGGAGCUGUGGGGGCAGAACAUUUCACUGCUAGGCUAUGGUAUACAGGACCAGAUGAUGAAGACCACCCCAAUACUGUCCGUCUGACUGUCCAAGUUCCACACACAGACGGAAUGUUUCCCAUCAUCUCAACAAGGAGACUGUCCAACUUUCAGUAUGCACUGAGCAAGGAUGCCUACCGACUGGAACACCAGUGCUCAAACCUUGUCGAUAUUGAUGAGAGGUCAACUAAGUAUGGAUUCAUAACAAACAGAACAAGAAAGUCAAAGUAUAUUACUGAUGCAGAACCGUAUGAGUUGGAUGAACAACUAAGACCCAAUUCUACUCUUAGAUUUUACAAGCUCAGCUUACUUUGACAAUACAUCGGCAGCAACAGAGUGUGACACCUGCUGUACUAGGGGAACUCAGUACCUGGGCAUAGUUCUAACACAUACACAUGUAUAUGUAUACACUCGUCAGACAUGAGGACAAAUGGUUGUCAGAUCAUCCUUAGUUGGGACCCACUGGACUAAGAAGAUUAUAGUAGAAGAUGACCAUUCUGUUGUCCAGUUGGUAAAUAUACUACAGCUGGUAGUCAGACAUUUCAAGGUGUAUUACCCCAUCAGGCAUUAUCUUAUACAGCACAUGGUGAACUCCUUGCAGAGACUGGGAUUUACACAGAGUCUAACCAAUGCUAAUCAUGUGACGCUUGUUGAGAGUGCAUGUAAAUUCAGCAGACUGUUGGUAAAGGACCAAAAACAAAGAACAGAAAACAAGGAAGGAAGGCUUGAGUGCAGAUACUUUCAUUAUUUCCAUGCAUGGAAACUGAAAUGAUGAUGGUCCUUGUGUAGAGAUCUAGACACUUUGUUCCCAAGGUGAUAUGAAAUGGUGCGAAGUGCUGUGUAUGUCUUCUGCCUUCACUCUACUAAACCACUACUGCAUGGAUCUUCAGUAUCUUCAAUUAGUACUGGUAAGUAUAUCUUCUUUAAAUUUACUGUAUUCAACAGUUUUCUAAAACGGAUUUGUCCAUCAUUCAAUUUGGGCAAUACCAUUUAUUAGUCCCCUACUGGUUGAAAACCAGUUUCAGGGACUAUAGGAAUGCGCUUUUCCAUCUGUCAUUCCGUCCAUCCGCAAUUUCGUGUCCAGUCCAUAACACUGUCAUCCAUGAAGGGAUUUUA